AUGCAAGAAAUCGGUGAAGAAUUUGAUCCACAAGAACCUUAUACUCGCCGUCUAAGCAGUAUCCUUGACGAAUAUCCUGAAGGUUCUCAAAUUCUUCGUGAAAUUCUUCAAAAUUCUGAUGAUGCGAAGAGCACCGAACAAAUCUUCAUGUUGGAUCAUAAUACUUAUCCCUCGAAUCAUUUAAUCGAUCCUAUUUUGAGUAAUUAUAAAAAGUUCGAUUUGAAACUUGAUAGGUAUCAAGGUUCUGCCUUAUUAUCAAAGAAUAAUUCCAUGUUUGAUGAAAGGGAUUUGCGAUCCUUGAAAAAUUUGGCCAAUAGCGAAAAACGUGAUCAAUUUAAUAAAAUCGGAGUGAUGGGUAUCGGUUUUAAUUCGAUUUAUCAUAUUACCGAUUCCCCUUCUUUUAUUACUGGUGAUAAACUCGUCAUUCUUGAUCCACAUAGAUGGUAUUUUAAUGGUGGUAUCCAAUUCAACUUUGUCCAAAAGAAUUUAGCCGAAAAAUUUCCUGAUUCUUUUGCUCCCUUUAGAAUUCCUCCUUUUAGUAUCCCAUGUGAUGAACCAUUUAAAGGAACUUUAUUUCGUUAUCCUCUCCGUAAUGAUACGAUUUCUGAUAUUUCCAAAAAAACUUUUAAACCUAAAGACAUCUUGGAAAUCUUUCGUAAAUUUUAUGAAAAUGAAAGCAUUAAUUGCUUGCUAUUUUUAAAAUAUGUUGAACGGAUUUCUUUUUACGAAUUGAAGGAAGGUGCCACAGAACCUGAAUUAUUAUAUUCUAUUCAGUUGGAAAAUGCGAACUCAGUGCGAGAACAACGUCGUUUAUUAGCAGAAAACAUCGUUCCGAUGAUGGAUUUAUUAAAAUCGAAGAAUCUAGGUUGCAAUAGUCAAUUAGAAUCUUCUUAUAUUGCAUCAUUCUGUCGUCAGAAGGGGAGUUUUAAGGAGGAUACGGUCUCUUGGAUAAUUUUGAAUUAUCUUAAUGACUUGCAAGAAACCGAGGAAUACUUUCAGAAGAAUUUUGGAAAGAAUAUCAGGAACCACAAGUUUAUUCCAAACGUUGGAUUGGCCGUUCCAUUAAAUGAUUUAAAUAUUCUAGGAAGACUAUUUUGCUUUUUACCAUUCCCCAUACAUAUGCCCUUUCCUGUUUCGGUACAUGGAUAUUUCGCGGUUAGUACUAAUCGACGUUCUUUAUGGUGUUCUCAAGAUGAUGAUGAAUUGGCGGUUGAUGCAUUAGCACAUUUAAUGAUUUCAUGGAAUCAAUAUUUAUUUGAAAAUGUUUUACCUAAAGCUUGGGUAAGGUUACUUUGUGAACUUCCACAUAAGGUUCCUAAUAUUCAGUCGGAUGAUGUAUAUCAAUUCUGGCCAAUAAUUAAAAAAGGUGCAUCAAGUAGCGUAAUCACUUUUUGCCAGAAAUUAUUACAAAAUGUUAUAAAAGUACUUGGUGUGAAGGAUCGUGUAUUUAAAGGACCGUCAUUAUCAAAUACCAUCGGAAAAGUACCCGAGAAUUUAAAAAAUUCAUAUGAUGCAUCCUCAUUUAAAGAAUCCGGAUUUCAUUGGUUAUCACUUUCUAUUGGUUAUUUGAAAGAUAACUUACAUUUAGAAGAUAUGUCAAAUUUACUUAAAAUCUUUGGAGAUGUUGGUUUUCCGAUAAUAUCGGUUCCAAACGAAAUCAUUGAUGCAUUAAACAAUUCCAUACAUAAAGACUUUCUUAAAGUUUUGUCUCCUGCCAUUGGUCGUAUUUAUUUAAAGCAUAAUCGUGAUAGAUGGCAAGAUCAACUGUCAAAAGAAGAAGCCAUAGCAUUAUUUAAGUACGUGUUAAUAAUGAACGAAAAUUUUGAUGAAAUGGAAGGUUUAAAAAUAAUUCCACUCGAGAGUGGUAAACUUGGUACUUUGUCACGAUUUAGCGAUUCUAUUGUAUACGUUAGUCCAGAUGAUGAUUAUGAAAAAAAUGUUGAGCACCAUAUCUUUAAAGAUCAAUUAGACAAAUUCAUUUCAAGGGAUAAUCACGGGUUGUGUAAUCGUUUGCGUGAACUUGCUAUAGAUGGGUGGAAUCUAAACAUUAAAAUCUUGGAUGAAUAUGCCAUUGCCAAUAUGAUUAGAUUCACACUUGAUCCAGUAAAUCCAUUCCUUGAGGAGAUGCAAAUAUCAAAUCAUAGUGUAUGGAUUCAUAAAUUGUGGGAUUACUUGAUAAAUAGAAAUUGGGAUUUGAAAAAGUUUGAAAAUAUCCAUUUAAUCCCGACAAGUCGCUCUACUCUUAGGAAAUUAAAUCCUCCGAAAAAAAUUUUAUCCAAUCAAACGAAUAAUAUUUCAAUCACACCAUCUUUGAAAGUUAUUUUCGAAAAAUUUGGUGCCGUAUUUGUUGACAAUCAAUUUGAAGAAAUUGCUAAAUGUGAUAAAGUAUCUUCAUAUAUCAUUAAACCUGAUGAUAUCAUAUCGGUUCUUGGUUCUUUCCAAGCCGAUACCUCAUAUCCAAGUAAUUUAAAUCGUGUGUUACAGCCUCGUGAAAUAUCGAUUCUCGUUGAAUAUUUAUCCAACUAUUUACGAUUUGUUGCUAAUGAUGCGUCAAAUGUUAUCGAUGUUAUCAAGCAUUUACCAAUUUUUUCCGAAGUUGGCAAUGCUACAUCAAUUUCGUUAAUCGGAAAUCAAAAUUGGUAUCUUCUUCCUUAUGGUGAAAAUAAUUCAUAUGGCGAAAUCAUCUAUCCAAGUGAAAGAGGAAAAUUUCUUAAUUCGGCUUCACCAAAUUUGCGUUAUAUAUUGGAAGAUAUUAUUAAAGUUCCUCGAUUGGAUUCAUACAACUACUGGCAAAAUUAUGUUAUACCGUUUCUCAAGUCACAACCACAAAGGAACAUUGACAUUAUAAUUGACAAACUACUUUUUGAUAAAUCACCAUCCCUACUUAAUGAAUUGAAGGAUUCCCUUGGAGAGACUUCUUUCAUACCUGUUGGUACACUUGAAAUGUCACAGCAAAAACUUAUUUCUUCAAACAUAAAGUUGGCAAACCCAACAGAACUAUUUGAUCCGGAAGAUGAAACAAUAAUCAGUCUAUUUUUUGAGGACGAACAUGUCUUUCCUACCGGCAAAUACGGCGACCCUAGAUAUUUCUCAAGUUUGAAAUUAUUGGGAAUGAAAUCAAUUCUUUCUCCUAAUGAUAUAAUUUCUCGAAUUAACACGAUCGUAACAAGAGUUCAAAAUCCUGCAAUUGAUGAUGAUUUAAUUCGUACCAAAGCGUUGAACCUAUUUAAAUAUCUUGACGAAAGAUGGGAUCAAUUGAAUGAUAAUAGUUAUGAAUUUAUGUAUGCUAUUUUACGAAAUGAAUGGAUCCCUACUAUUGAUAAUUCUGGGCGUUAUAUCUUUUCGAGACUUAGAAAUUGUUAUUGUAAAAAGUAUAAAAAUCUAGUUGGUUUGAUUGCACCAACUCUGGAUUAUGAUGCCAGUAAUUACGAAUUUUUAAAAAUUUUAGAGCAACCCGAUAUUAAAAUGGUUCUAAAACAGUUGGAAAUUUGUUAUAACG